CGUCUUCAGGCUCUCUUCCUGAAAACCACCCAUUUUCCUUAGGUGGCCCUGAUGGAGUCUCUCAAUAGCUUUAGCAGUGUCCUGUUCUGCCUGUGUCUUUCUGACCAUUUGAGUCCUGGGAGUCAUAAACAUGGAUGGUUUAUAGUCCUGGAGCUGGUUGCCACUUCCUCUGCUCUGGAUGAUACCGGGGGUGAGAGUGAUACCAGAUCAGAGACUAAAACUCUUUGCAUGAUUUACUUUGCAUUUGGAGCGCCAUGUCAUAGAAUCUGAAAAAAAGGGAGGUUGGGUGCUUUGUCAAUAAAAUACUUUGCUUUCCAUAACUGCAUCUUUUUUCCCAUGGAAGAAACUGAAAUGUUUUUUCUCCCUGCCCUUUCCAGGCUGCGUAGCUGGUCCCUGGAAAUGGGAUGCCAAUCCCAUGCAGGGAGUAUAAAAGGCGGAUCACCUCCUCCUGCCUAUUGCUGCUGCUGCUGCCGCCGCAACCUUGGCCACGAGUGAAACGAAGAGGCGGGGAACCAUGUCUGCCCUUACAUCAGCCAUCCAGGCUCCCCAGGGGCCGGUCAAUCCUCCUCCCCCAGAGGUCACCAACCCUAGUAAGCCGGGGAGAAAGACCAACCAACUGCAGUACAUGCAGAAUGUGGUGGUGAAGACCCUGUGGAAGCAUCAGUUUGCAUGGCCCUUCUAUCAACCAGUUGAUGCAAUUAAAUUAAAUUUACCGGAUUACCACAAAAUAAUUAAGAACCCAAUGGACAUGGGGACAAUCAAGAAACGUCUGGAGCACAAUUACUACUGGAGCGCCAGUGAAUGUAUGCAGGACUUCAACACCAUGUUUACCAAUUGUUACAUUUACAACAAGCCAACGGAUGAUAUUGUCCUCAUGGCACAAGCCUUGGAAAAGAUCUUCCUGCAGAAAGUUGCCCAGAUGCCCCAGGAGGAAGUGGAAUUGCUACCCCCAGUGCCUAAAGGCAAAGCUCGGAAGAUGGCUGCUAGUACCCCAAACUCAGGGGCCCAGCACACAGCAGCGACUGCUGUCUCUUCAGCAUCCCCCCCCGCCCCCUUCCAGAGUGUCCCUCCGUCGGUAUCGCAGACGCCCGUAAUUGCCGUCACGCCUGUGCCAACCAUCACUGCGAAUGUCAUGCCCAUCGCUGCCCCCCCUGCAACGCCUGUGCCACCUCCCCCGCCUCCUGCCACCCCAAUCAUGGCAGUCGUUCCCCCAACGCCACCAAUCGUCAAGAAAAAGGGGGUGAAGCGGAAAGCAGACACCACCACGCCCACCACAUCAGCCAUCACAGCCAGCCGGAGCGAAUCUCCCCCCCAGCUUUUGGACUCGAAGCAAGCCAAAGUGGUGGCUCGGCGGGAGAGCGGUGGCCGGCCGAUCAAACCGCCAAAGAAGGACCUGGAAGAUGGGGAGGUCCCCCAGCAUGCGGGCAAGAAGGGCAAGCUCUCAGAGCACCUCAAGUACUGUGACAGCAUCCUCAAGGAGAUGCUGUCCAAGAAACACGCCGCCUACGCUUGGCCCUUCUACAAGCCGGUGGAUGCCGAGGCCCUGGAGCUGCACGACUACCACGACAUCAUCAAGCACCCCAUGGACCUCAGCACCGUCAAGAAAAAAAUGGACAGCCGGGAAUACCAAGACGCCCAAGGCUUUGCAGCGGAUAUACGGUUAAUGUUCUCUAAUUGUUACAAGUACAAUCCACCUGACCAUGAAGUUGUGGCCAUGGCGAGGAAGCUGCAGGACGUCUUUGAGAUGCGGUUUGCCAAGAUGCCAGAUGAACCUGCCGACCCCCCGCCGGCCCCUCCCGCUACCGCCCCCGUCGUCAGCAAAAGCACGGAGAGCAGCCACAGCAGCGAGGGGAGCUCGUCAGAUUCCGACAGUUCAGACUCGGAAGAGGAGCGGGCCACGCGGCUGGCAGAGCUCCAGGAGCAGCUAAAGGCCGUCCAUGAGCAGUUAGCGGCCCUCUCGCAAGCGCCGGUGAACAAGCCAAAGAAAAAGAAGGAGAAGAAAGAAAAGGAGAAGAAAAAGAAGGACAAAGAGAAGGAGAAAGAGAAGCACAAGGCAAAAGCCGAGGAAGAGAAGAAAGCGAAGACGGCCCCACCGGCGAAGGCGCCCCAGCAGAAGAAAGCCCCGGCCAAGAAGGCCAACAGCACGGUUCCCGCUUGCAGGCAGCCGAAGAAAGCCGGGAAGCCGGCCUCGGCGACCUACGACUCGGAGGAGGAGGAAGAGGGCCUCCCCAUGACCUAUGACGAGAAGCGCCAGCUCAGCCUGGACAUCAAUCGCCUGCCUGGGGAGAAGCUGGGCCGGGUGGUCCACAUCAUCCAGUCCCGGGAGCCCUCUCUCCGGGACUCCAACCCCGACGAGAUCGAGAUCGAUUUUGAGACCUUGAAGCCCACGACGUUACGGGAACUCGAGAGAUACGUGAAGUCUUGCUUGCAGAAAAAGCAGCGGAAGCCCUUUUCUGCAGGUGGGAAGAAACAGGCUGCGAAGUCCAAGGAAGAGAUUGCUCAGGAAAAGAAGAAGGAACUGGAAAAGCGGUUGCAGGACGUGAGCGGGCAGCUGAGCAACAGCAAGAAGCCGGCCAAGAAAGAAAAAUCUGGCUCUGCACCCUCGGGAGGCCCCUCUCAUCUCAGCAGCAGCAGCAGCUCCGAAUCGGGGAGCACAAGUUCCAGCGGGUCCAGUUCAGACAGCAGUGACUCAGAAUGACCGGGGACUCUUCACCCUCCUGGACCUGAAGCUUUACAGCGUUCCCUCGUUUUAUUUUUUUAAUGGUUACUCUCUUCCAUCAUGACCAAGUCUGCGUUUUCCACUCUUUUAAAGCAUUUUUAAAGGAUUCAGUGUUAUAGAAUGAUCCGAAGAGUUUCCUCCUACUUUUAUUAGGUCAAACGUCUGACUAGACUUGGUGGCAAAGAAUUUGCAUCACUUAAAGUCUCUAAACCCUUUUUUAACCUGAGAUGCUGAAACGCUGAAGGAGAACUCAACAGACACGUUGGGCGCCUGCGGUCUAAAUGCGGGGUGGGGGGGCAGCUUUGCCCUUCCAGGCGGGCUCCCUUUGGCCACCCCAGAGCUGCUGAUCCUUCCUGCUAGGACCUGAGGCGACGGGGGGUGGGAUCUUGGCGUGGGGAUGGGAACCUCGGCGAGCGGUACAGUAGCAUUGGAAGGACAAGGACAGUUGCCAAUGCCUGUCAUCUUCUGCCAGACCUCUGACUACACCUGGCAGUGGCACCCUUUCUCCAUUGGGAUGAUGAUCGUAAUCUUUUUUUUAUAGUUAAGAGGGAAGAAAAAGCUCAUGUACUGUGGAUUGUUUUUUAAAGCGUACCUUUUUAGAUAUUUCUUUUACCUUUUUUAAUCAAUAUAUAGAUUCACGCUCUUGUUGCGAAAAGUUCUCCAGAGGUGGCUGACCUGUUGAAGGCGCUGCAUGCGACCUGGGUGCAUCAUGCUCCCUGGGCACAGCGAGGGGCGAGCUGCUGCAAGUUGGUCCCCAGCCCCCUCGGCGAGGCAUUGUGUCUGCCUGUGCAGGACGGCAUCUCCUUCCUGUCGGGGGAGCAGGAAGGCUGUGGCACCCCAGCCCCUCUGCCCGCUUGCCAGAGGAGGGAGCCUGAUUAGCCUCCUCACUGCUUGGUGGUCUCCCAGUCAAGCAGCUCGCGGGGCCCCCAUGGGCUUCCCUUCUAAGCCUCGCCUGCGUUGGAGGGGGGAGGCUCCCGUGCCGAGUUCCCCUCCAAGCGGCCAAAAGGCAAGGGGCUGCCCCAGAUCCACUGAAGGGAGUCCCCGAGUCCCAGGACAGCCAGGACCUGGGGCUGGCGCCCUCACUGAGCUGCGGACCAGGCCUCCCUUCUUGCAAGGUGAACUUGUGUGUCGUGCAAGUGCAGGUUUCCAAAUAAUCAAAACUUUUACCUCAAGGUAUGGUGGGAGAAUAUGCGUUGGGGCCGGGGAGGGGUGGGCAAGUGAUGUUUUUGUAAGGUUCAUCCCUUUUUUAGAAGCUAUUUUUUUCUCCAGCCUGCCCUGGAGACCUGCACUUUGCACAUGACACACCUGGAAUUGAUUAUCCUUUUUCAUGUACAUAGAAAUACUUUAUUUAUUAACUCCAAUGGUCACUUAAAAUGUAUCCUGCGUUUUGAAGAGCAGCAGAAAAAAUGUAGGGUUUGUGUUGUUUUUAAAACUAAGCUCUGAAAAAAAAAUUGGGAACCCUUUUAAUUUAAAUGUAUUUGACUUUUUAACCAACAGGUGCUAUGGAUCUUUGAUAGUUUCCUGUUCUGGUGCUUAUUCCUUGUAUGUGUAUUCAGUUUUGGGGAAAUGGGAUUGUUUGGGAUUCUUUUGGUUUCUUUUUGUAUAGACUUUGGACUUACAGGUAUUGGUAACUUCCAGAUAAAGCAUGUUUUAUUUGUAUAUUCCUAGUCUUCUCCCACGUCGGUCUUUUUCUCUGUAUCUUGUUUUAAAGUAGAACAGUUUGGAAAAAAAUAAUAAAGCGACAAAGACCCA